AUGUCCAUAUUACAAGCGCAACAAGUAUUAAAUGAACGUGAAAUUAAACAGCUAGAAGAUUCGUGUGAAAAAGAAAGACAGACGUGGUCAAGUAGUGUUUCUCAAUUAGAAGAAUUAUAUCAAGUAAUAGGCAAAAUGAACAUAUUUUUUUUCUCUAAUCAUUCAUAUUUUCUUUUCUACUCAGAAUGCUUACACUGGUCAACAAGAGUUAGAAAUGCGUAU